AUGCUUCCAAUAUUCUUCCUUUCGAGCAUCGUCUCAUCCGUCACCGCCUAUGUGGUGAACAACGGCUCCACUUGCUAUGUCUACCCGGAGUCCUUGACGCAUUUUGGGCAGCCGGUUGACGACACGCCAUCUAUCUUGCAAGCUUUCGAGCUCUGCGGCACUAAUGGAUCGGUGAUUCUCACCAACAAUACAUUCCACGUCAACCAGGUGAUGAACACAACUGGAUUGACGAACUGCGACGUUGAACUCCAUGGUGAAAUGGUAUGGAGCGAUAACAUUCCGUACUGGUUAGGCCACAGCUACUCGGUAACCUACGCCAAUCUGUCGACAGCAUGGUUCUUUGGUGGAGAGAAUGUAACCUUCAGAGGCUUUGGCAGUGGGAGAUUCGAUGGAAAUGGCCAAGCAUGGUACGACGAAAAUCGUAACAACAGCAACCAACCAGGUCGGCCUAUCGCCUUCACGAUUCUCAACGCUAAGAACCUCUGGAUGGACGGCGUAACAUGGAGUCAAGCACAGUUUUGGCAUUCAUUCAUUUCCCAUUCUCAGAAUGUGACCAUGUCAAACAUUUACAUGAACUCCACGAGCAACAACGAAUGGUUCACUGUCAACACCGACGGCACCGAUACCUGGAAUUCCAGAGACGUUUUCUUCUACAAUUGGACUGUACAAGGAGGCGACGACUGUAUUGCAAUCAAAGGGAACAGCACCAACAUCAUAUCCAAGAACAUCACCUGCUAUCGUACCCAUGGCAUGCCCAUUGGCUCCGUAGGUCAGGAUCCGACCCAUCCCGACUUUGUGCGUGACAUAGUCUACGAGGAUGUCCAUCUCAUCAACUCGACGAAUGGCGCAUGGAUCAAAGCCUGGCAAGGUCGAUCGUCAUCCGUCACCACUAACGGAGACUCCGGUGGUGGUGGCGGAGGCUUCAUCAACAAUGUGACCUACCGGAACUUCAGGAUCGAGAACGUAGGUCAACCUAUCAGCGUAACUCAGUGCGUGUACGGGCACGAUCCCAGCAUCUGCGAUACUAGCAAACUACAAAUCUCCAACGUUACCUGGGAGAACAUAACCGGGACAUCUCACUUUGACGUCGCCUCGAUCAUCCACUGCUCCCCGUUGGUGCCUUGUCCCGGUAUGAAGUUCAUCGAUGUCAAUAUCACUACGGUCAAUGCGUCGUUGGGAAAGGCUAGCCUGCCUCAGGUGAAUCUUUGUGCGAACAUGAUCGAUCAGAAUGCGACAGGCGACCAAGCAACUGGCAUUCCCUGUCAUGGCUUCGCGCCAAACGACAUGCCCAAUGUACUUUACCGCAAUUGGCCAGAGCUUCUCAAGGAAGUCAUCCUCAGCGUCAUUGUUCCCGAGGCGCAACGGAACAACUGUUUGCAUCCAGGACCCGACGCAGCAGCUGCUGGCUGUGAUCCGCCGCCGUAUUAGGAAGGCUUGAUAUCCCCAUGAGAAGGAAGCCGAGUGGGUCGUACGGAGUACUGCGUUAACGGUUACCUUACCUUGGGUUUCUCGAAAGUCUUUCUAGAUCUAGCAGCACUCAGCUCCUCAGGAUCCAAUAAGACAGUUGAGUUCACU